AUGAGUAAAAAGAGACCACAAGAAGAUUCAAAUCAAGACUAAGAUUACUAAUAAGAAGAAAGUUAAAAGAAUAGCUCUGCAAAUGAUGAAGAUGACAAGAAGAAAGAAAAUAAAUUCAUGUGUAAAUGCGGAAAAGGUUAUGGUUUACAAUCUUCACUAUUUAACCAUAUAAGAAUUAAGCAUGAUGAUAAUAAAGCUGAAUGGGCUAAAGAAAGAAAUGUCAAACCAGGUAGGCCAAAAAAUACAGAAACCAGCAAAGAUAAAGCAUAGAAAAAUCCUUAAAAAAAAGAAAAAAAACCAGAAGGUGUAGAUAAUAAUACUUGGGAUUUACUAUAGCUCUAUAGGAAUCCACUAUUUAAUAAUUUAAUCAUUAAAUUUGGUGAUAAAAUGAAGGAAAAUUAUACUGGUGAUACCUCAGUUGAUAAAGUUGAAAAAAAUAAUUGGGAAAUAUAUGAGGAGAGAAGGAAAGAUAUUUACUAAACUAUUAAUUUCUGCGUUAAAGAUAGGAAUGAUAUAUCAGAGAAGACAGAUUUCCUUCUUCGUGCAUGGGCACAGCUUCUCAAUCCUGCAAAUUAAGUAAGUAUUUUCAUCGCUUUUGUCUCUGAGUAUAUCUAGAAAUUCUAUGACCUCCCAGAUGAAAAGAAAGAUAAAAUAGAAGCAUUUGUAUAAAAAAUAAAAAUUAAUGAUAAAGAAACCAUAUAAGAUUAUAAAAAUAUAAGUGAAAAAAUUAGAGAAGUUUUAAAUAAAGAAUACAAGCUAGAAAAACAAGAUGGAUAAGCAUAAGAUUAGCAGAGUAAUCAAAUUUAAGGGGAGGAAGAAGAAGAAGAUAGUGUUAAUGAUAAUAAUUAAGUGGAAGAUAUGUAAUAAUAACAACAAUAAUUGUAAUAAUAAUAAGAUUAGUAAGAUUUAGAAAUUUAUGAAUAAUAGAAGCACGAGCUGAAUAAUGGAUUGUAAAAUAAUUAAGUAAUUCAAAAUUAUAAUCAAGAUUAUGAAUUUUAACAAAAUUAAUAAAUGCACUACAACAAUUAUACAUAUUAAUAUGACAAUUAGAUCAAUAAUUAGAAUAAUCACGAUAACUAUAACAAUAAUAAUAAUUUUGAUAAUGGAGAUUUUUAAAUAAAUGAGCUGUUGGGUUAAACUGAUUAUGUUUAAGAAGACUAACCUAAUCAAAAUAAUGUUAGUUAUUUUAAUCAACAAUCAUUUAAAUUUACCUCUUACAAUAUGAUAGAUUAAAUAUCAAAAGUUUAGAAUAACAUCUCUUUUAACAAUUAAAAUUCGUAGAUGCUUUUUAAUUGUUAUUCAUAAUACCAAAAUAAUCUGAAUGAAGAAGAAUACAAUGAAGAUAAUGAAAAUGAAGACAACGAUGAUGAUAAUGAAGAUAAUGGUGAUGAAUUUAAUUAAAUAAAUUAAAACACAUAUAAUUGA